AUGGAGAAGGAUUCGAAUAUGAGCAGGAUGGAGGAGGGAGAGGUAGUUGGCAGUAGUACAGGAAGAUGCGGGGACCCCCGAACUGCAAACCCGAAAAGGCUCCAGAGCAGUGCUCGCAGCAUGAGCAUGAAGAUUGUGCGACAACAAUCAUGCUUGGAAGUAGUUGAAAUCGACAACACAUUUUGUCGUUAUCAGAAGCGUGUUACCAUUGCCUGUGAUGAUGAGUUGUACAUGCGAGAGACAUCUAUGAACCACAUCCGAUUGUCGGUAGGUCUAUACAAAGGGUUUCCAUUGGCACAGUCUUUGCUCAAAGGAUCUCCUGCAAGGGAACGGAUUUUGAAAGAGCACGGCAUCAAACAGACGGACCAUAUCAAGGGGACUGAUGGUUGGAUGAAGAGUAUGUGUGCAUGGGAACCUCGAGCCAUUGAUAACUUUCUUGUUCCAUGGAUGAUUGUAACUGCCAAUGCCCUGGUCACAACCUUGCUAAACGAAGUUGGUGGUGUGAGUUUCAAUUAUGAAGCCUUGGGCCAUUGGGAUACUGUGUACUCCUUAGUCCUCAAGACAAGUCUGGCAUUCCUGUUGGUCUUCCGGCUCAAUCGCUGUGCUGUCCGGUACUGGGAAACAAGGACCAUGUGGGGGAAUGUUACACGAGUUAGCCGCUCCUUGGCCAGUGCCAUCUUGACACACUGUGGAGAUCAGCCCCACUAUCGAGACCAAGCGAUUCGUUGGACGGGGGCCUACUGUGUGGCCUGCAUGCACUUUAUUCGCCGAGAAACAAAGAUCCCCUCUGCAGAACUGGCUGGUUUCCUGAAGCGACCCGAGUUGGACCAGAUUGAACAUGCCGAGCAUGCACCCCUGUUUGUGGCCAGCCAAAUUCGAUACUAUUUGCGCAAGACUUUGGCAGUGGAUGCUUCUACACCUGCUGGUGUGGCAUAUGCCAGGGUGACCCAUAUGAACUACAUGUCAUCAUUGAUUGAUAUUCUGAUUGAGCAGAUUUCAGGAAUGGAACGCAUCCGCUCAACACCACUUCCGGUUGUCUAUACGUCUCAUCUACGCACCUUCCUCUUUGUCUACAUGAUGUUUCUUCCGUACAUUUGGGUCCACGAAUGGGCUUGGGGAACUGUCAUUUUGGUGUCCUUCACUGCCUUUGCUCUCUUUGGUAUUGAAGGCGCAUCUAGUGAGGUUGAGAUCCCAUUCAACAAGCACAGGCCCAAUCAUUUGGCUUUGGAUGCUUAUUGUGUCACAAUCCUGGACAAUAUCCAGAACCUUGUCAUCCAUGAGGCCAAUCUGGUCUUGCAAGAACAGCAAAACGCAGAAGACGACUUGGAGCAGCAACAACUCUACGGUGUCAAGGAAUGCAAAGAUGACCAGUCUCUCAACCGCAGUGUGAGCUGGGGCGAUGUUGCAAAUGCAUAG